UUUGCCUAUAUAAACCCCUUUAACCCUCCCUUUCUCUUCCCCCACUCGCUCCAUUCUUCAUUGUUUCUUAAGGAGAAGAGCAACAACCUUUUCUUUCUUUGGCCCUCUUUCUGUAAUAACCUUCUUCUCUUGUUCCCUCAUUCUUCUUUUGCUCUUGCCAUUUCGUUCCUAGUUGGAUUUCUAAAUCAAAAUGGAAUACGAGAACCGGUUCAGGCAGGCUCAGAGACCAAAAUAUGAUUGUCUUCUUUUUGAUUUAGAUGACACUCUGUAUCCCUUGAGUUCUGGCAUUGCAGCUUCGUGCCUUCAGAAUAUCAAAGAUUACAUGGUUGAAAAACUGGGGAUAGAGCAGAGUAAAAUCCCUGACCUGUGCAAUUUACUGUACAAGAACUAUGGAACAACCAUGGCAGGUCUCAGGGCAAUUGGCUAUGAUUUUGAUUAUGAUGAGUACCACAAGUUUGUUCAUGGAAGACUUCCUUAUGAUAAUCUAAAGCCCGAUCCUGUUCUAAGGAAUCUUCUGUUGAACCUGCCUUAUAGGAAAGUUAUCUUUACAAAUGCUGACAAGAUCCAUGCAGUUAAAGUUCUUAAAAAACUUGGAUUAGAAGACUGUUUUCAAGGCAUUAUCUGCUUUGAAACCCUGAAUCCAACCAACAAGAAUUUUGUUUCAGUCGAUAAAGAUGAAAUGAAUCCAAUCCCAUCUGACUCGAAAAUUUUUGACAUCAUUGGCCACUUUCUUCAUCCCAAUCCUGGGACGGAAUUACCAAAAACUCCCAUCAUUUGCAAACCAUCAGAGGCUGCCAUUGAAAGAGCUCUCAAAAUUGCAGGCCUCAACCCUCAGAGAACUCUGUUCUUUGAAGAUAGUGUUCGAAACAUACAAGCUGGGAAACGUGUUGGGCUCGACACCGUCUUGAUUGGCACUUCACAGAGAGUUAAAGGAGCAGAUUAUGCCUUGGAAAGCAUCCACAAUCUAAGGGAAGGAAUACCUGAGCUUUGGAAUGUUGAAAUCAAAUCAGAAAUGGGUUAUGCUGGCAAAGUUGGAGUUGAAACUUCAGUGACAGCUUAGAACUACAACAUCCUUGUUAGGUUCUUCAAAUCCUUCCCCCAAAAAAUAAUGAAAGAAAAACACAAGAAAAGGGGAAAUCUUCCGCCUCCAGUUUCACUGGGCAGCUGUUGUAAAUAAGCAUUUUGAUUAUGAGAGUAAAGUUCAUAAGUGUAAUCUUUUCUGUUUUUCUACAAUCACUUAAUUAACAAAAUCAUUGAAAAAAAUCACUAAAAAAGAUGUUGCCAUCUAUAUUAGAUGAAUAAAACACAGAGUUCUCAUACUCUCCACUAAUUUUCUA